GGGUUGGGAACAGGAAGUGUUUGUGAAUAUCUCAAUAUAUUUGGGCCUCCUUAUUUGCUUGAUGGCACUUAUGAGGUCUCUUGUUUUAUCUGAUACGGAGUCUUGCUGUAUUACUGUGGCUGGUCUCAGGCUCCUGGGCUCAGGCAGUCCUGUCUCAGCCUACCAGUUUACAGGGACCACAGGUGCAUGCGUCCCUGCCUUGUCCUCUUAAUUGUGAAGAAUUCAUUCCUCCCAUUAAAUUAUAAACACCUUAAACUCAGCUACCUUUCUAUCACCUUAUAUUCACUGUUUGACUAGCGCAAGCAGCAGAUAAAUAGGAACUGCGUAGCUAAUUUUUUUUUCUGGUACCAGGAAUCGAACUCAGGACUUCGCGCGUGCCAGGCAGGCAUGGCACCACUGAACUACAUCUCCGGCCCCAUAGCUGAUUGUUAUGGGACUCAACUCUAGGAAUGGCACUGUGGGAAAAGAGGAUAAGGUGCCAUGGCUGUCAACGGCCACUAGAGGCUCUCGGCUGGGCAGGGUAUGGGGGCUGUGUAUAUGUGAUCUCCCACUACCCCCACCUGGCCAGAGCUAAAAUAAUAAAAUGCUGAGCUCACUGUUCCCCCACCCGCUCCCGGUGCCCUGGGCUCCUGCUGCUGCACAGGGCCCCAGUGGGUCGGACAGACUGACCGACAAGGGAGGUGGCCAUCGGGACUGCUGCUUUGCCCGUGUCCUCCCAGGCUCUGUGUGUCACCUAGUGGGGAGGGGACAGGGGCCGCCAUGUCAUCGUAUCAGAAGGAGCUGGAGAAAUACAGAGAUAUAGACGAAGAUGAGAUCCUAAAGACCUUGAGUCCCGAGGAGCUAGAGCAGCUGGACUGCGAGCUCCAGGAGAUGGACCCAGAGAACAUGCUCCUGCCAGCUGGACUGAGACAGCGUGACCAGACAAAGAAGAGCCCGACGGGGCCGCUGGACCGAGAGGCCCUUCUGCAGUACCUGGAGCAGCAGGCACUGGAAGUCAAAGAGCGUGAUGACCUGGUGCCCUUCACAGGCGAGAAGAAGGGGAAACCCUACAUUCAGCCCAAGAGAGAAAUCCCCGCAGAGGAACAGAUCACGCUGGAGCCAGAGCUGGAGGAGGCGCUGGCCAAUGCCACAGAUGCGGAGAUGUGUGAUAUUGCAGCCAUUCUGGGAAUGUACACCCUGAUGAGCAACAAGCAGUACUACGACGCCAUCUGCAGCGGGGAGAUCUGCAACACUGAAGGCAUCAGCAGUGUGGUUCAGCCUGACAAGUAUAAGCCAGUGCCAGAUGAGCCCCCAAACCCCACAAACAUCGAGGAGAUGUUACAGAGGGUUCGAAGCAACGACAAGGACCUGGAGGAGGUGAACCUCAAUAACAUACAGGACAUCCCGAUCCCCGUGCUGAGCGAGCUGUGCGAGGCCAUGAAGGCAAACACUUAUGUCCGGAGCUUCAGUCUGGUGGCCACGAAGAGCGGUGACCCCAUCGCCCAACCCCUGGAGACUCCUCUCGAAGAGCUGUUUCCCUCUCACUCCCGUGCUUCUCCUCAGUCAUCUGAGAAACCGCCCCCAACCCUAACCCGAGUCCCUACUACCCAGGCGGUGGCUAACAUGUUGCGUGAGAACCGUAGCCUCCAGACCCUGAAUAUUGAGUCCAACUUCAUUAGCAGCACAGGGCUCAUGGCCGUGCUGAAGGCAGUUCGGGAAAAUGCCACACUCACCGAGCUGCGUGUCGACAACCAGCGCCAGUGGCCUGGGGAUGCCGUGGAGAUGGAAAUGGCCACCGUGCUAGAGCAGUGUCCCUCUAUUGUCCGCUUUGGUUACCACUUUACACAGCAGGGGCCACGGGCUCGGGCAGCACAGGCCAUGACCAGGAACAACGAACUCCGUCGCCAGCAAAAGAAGAGAUAACAUUGCCUUGCCCUUUACCAGUGAGAGCUGGGAGCCCCGGACACGUAAAUUCUCAUC